GUGAUUGGUUCCUUUCUUGUUAGGCUAAACUGCCAAUAUGUUAUAACUUAAGGAGAUUGACACGAAAAGGCGGUAAUAUAUAUUUGUUUAAUAUAAUGUGCGUGUAUUUUCAAAUAUCAUUAACUAGGCUGAUAUAGCAUACAUAUAGCAUACUGAAGCCCAACAUUUAGAUAAAAAUAUGAAAUGAAAGUCGUAUAAUAGCCUAUAUCAAAUUGGACGAGAUUAGAAGCUGUCUAAAGCAGAUGCAACAGGUGCUCUUUUAAAGUGAAACCACACCCAAUUUAUUAUCACCGUACCACCUCCCCAGUUUCAGUCGGACAAGUUUUUAAGACAACACUCCAGUCUGUCAACUUUAGUUUACUUAGACUGACUAGUGCUGCUGUAUCACCUUAACAAGUUACUAACAGCAGUCCAGAAGCCAUGCCGAGCCACGCGGAGCAGUGGAUCCGCACUUCGAUGCGCACCCCGGGCAUUUUUAUCUUCGGAAUGGUCCUUGCCCCUUGCGGCUGGAUCCUAAACCUCACAGCGACAGUGGCUCCCAACUGGAGAACCAUCAACACUAUCGCCUUACUGCCGGUUGAUACGUUCCUACAACAAGGCAUCUGGGACAUAUGCAAGACGUCCAGUUCGUCCCAAGUAAACCAAUGUAACCAAAAGGACGAGGCGUACUUCAACAACCAGAUUAUAGCGGUCGCCCAGGGCUUGAUGGUAGCGUCUCUGAUAUUGACUCUGAUCGGGCUGGCCACGGCAACCCCCGGGGUAAGGUGCUGGAAAGACCGCCCGAACUGGACAGUAGCCGGGCUGGGGGGAAUGCUCAUCUUUCUGUCUGGAGUCUUGACGAUCAUCCCUAUUGCAUGGUACACUCACAUCUUCAAGGACAUCGCCGCAUCCAGCACCGACAUUCGCGUCGGCUACUGUAUUAUUUUGGGAUACAUCGGGGGCAUCUUCGAGCUACUGGGCGGCUUGGUCAUGUUCAUUGGGAUAUGUCGUUGCUGUGGCGGUAAGAACCGCGGAGAGACGCGAAUCUCGGAGACCACAGCACACUUCAGAAACACCAAACCCCCACCGCGCCGCAUCGAGGUGCCGAGCAUAGCCCGAACCCGGAGUAGCGCUAGCAGCGUCCCAUACUCUAAAGACUCCAUGGAAGACGAGGCAGACUUCCCCCGGGCAAAGAGCACCUCGUACGGAGGAAGACGACCCGCUUAUGACGUUGAUCUGUGAGGUCAUUAUGGUGAAGAGGGCCAGUUGCCAUUGAUAGGUGUGACAUGUAUACUAUAGCACUACACAGUAACAUUACAUAUCUACCAAUGAAGGACAUUUACCUCUACAUGUAGGCAUGUCGUUUUAACCAUAAAA